GUUGGUGUUUGUUUACAGCUCCGGGACCGAGGGUCACACUGCACUGCACACACUUCGCUUUUGUGUAUACUACCUCGUUUGGAUGCCUUGUUACUUUAACUACAUAUACUUUUACUGCUCAGUUUUCCCUGUCCCUCAUUUAAGUUAAAUUAAACUGUUAAUUGGGUGAUUACCUCUAUAGUGUACAAGGAAGAAGAUGGUGUUGCUACUCUUACGAUCACCCAUUGUAAAACAUCUACACACCUCAUGGCUGCCCUGUGUAUCCAGAAAUUAUUCAACCAAAACAACUUUCAAACAAGGAGAACAGGUGACAGUUGCAGGAAAAGCAUAUCAGGCAGACCACAUGACAAAUGUGACCCCUCAUCUACUCUCACAUGUUGGAAAAGACCUCCACUUACAAAAAUAUCAUCCACUAAAUCAUACUUGCCAAAGGAUAGUCCAAUACAUGUACAAGAGAUAUGUUUCACUUCGAGGCAAUCCUCUUUUUUCUGUCCACAACCAAAUACACCCGGUUGUAACAACCCACCAAAACUUUGACUCUUUGCUGAUCCCCAAAGAUCACGUCAGUAGAAAAAAAUCGGACAACUAUUACGUCAAUGAGAGACACCUCUUGCGGGCACAUACAAGUGCUCAUCAAAGUGAAUUGAUAGGAAUGGGAUUCGAUAACUUCUUAGUCAUUGGAGACGUUUACAGACGGGAUGAAAUUGAUGCCUCUCACUAUCCUGUUUUCCAUCAAGUAGAGGGGGUCAGACUGUGCACUGCAUCACAGAUAUUUGGAAGUCACCAAAACAUGGAUAACUUCCAGAUUUUUGACAGUGGAGAGAGGACCACAGAGAAACAAGGAGUCCACACUGCAGAAGCUCUCCACUUGCUAGAAUCUGAUCUGAAAGGCUGUUUGCUUGGGUUAGCUACAAGUUUGUUUGGUCAAGAUAUUGAAGCAAGAUGGGUAGAUGCAUAUUUUCCUUUCACACACCCAUCAUGGGAACUGGAAGUGAAGCUCAAUGAUGUGUGGGUGGAACUACUGGGCUGUGGCCUCAUUGAACAAGAGAUCCUCUUCAACAGGGGUGUUGAGGACAAAAUUGGCUGGGCCUUUGGUUUAGGAUUAGAGCGAUGGGCUAUGAAGCUGUUUGGCAUUCCAGACAUCAGACUCUUCUGGUCCACAGACUCGGGUUUUCUCUCCCAAUUCCAUUUUGAUGAUCCAACAAAACCUGUCAAGUACAAGACUGUGAGUAAGUAUAUGCAGUGCAGCAACGACAUCAGUUUUUGGCUCCCAGCAGAUGGCCAGUACAACUCCACAGAUUUUUUUGAUCUUGUACGCACUGUUGGAGGUGACACUGUGGAGCAGGUUCAUCUGAUCGAUGCUUUUACACACCAAAAGAAGAAGCUAACAUCUCACUGCUACCGCAUAGUUUACCGUCAUAUGGAAAAGGUCCUCACUCAAGAAGAAGUCAAUAUUUUGCACAGAAGAAUUGAAGAGGAGGCAGCAGCAAACUUAAAUGUCACCAUUAGAUGAAACGGUAUCAAAUAUAUUAAAGUGUAGAUGUUAUGAAUUAAGUUUGAAAUAAAGUGCUUCAUGUACAAAUUCAUUUCCGGGUAAGUAUGUUUUAUGCCCAAAAAUCAUGUAAGACUUAUCAAACACAAAUUUCUCCUUCAAUAAACUCCUCUCUGUACAGUAGUAACCCUUCUCAACUUUUCUGCCUUAAUAAUAAUUUAAUUAUUAAAGUGUUUGCAAGCAGUGUUAACUUUCUACCUUAUUGGGUACUAGAGCGAUCAUGAUUUAUAUAUGGUUGGCCACAUAGGAUUGUGGCAGAAUGCAUGUACAGUAUUUAGUCACAUUACAUGAAUCUUCAAGCCAAA